GCUCUAGACAUAUUUUUAUUUAUUAAGGCAUUUUAUUCUCCUGAUACGUUUGAGAAGUUAAAAAAAAGUAAGCUAUUUCAGAGUAGGUGGUUUUGUAACUGACCAAAUUUGUGUACCCAAAGAGUAUUGAUUCAUGGAUCAGUGUCAAAUUGAAGAUCUCUAAUAACAGAACUCAGUUCUUGAUCUUGACUGCUCAAUGUUUGUUUAUGAAUAGCCUGGUGAAUACAUGGGAAUACGUAGAUGCAGUUCGCCUUAAAAAGAAUACUCCCUAUGACAGAGUACAGAGGCAGGAUUCAAAAUUAUCUUAAUAGUUUGGAAGGAUGAGCUAAAACCAGUAAGGUGAAAUUUUAAAGGAUUGAAUGUAAAGCUCUGCAUUUCUUCUCCAAAAGUAGUUGAAAACAGGACUGAAGGUAGACACCUGGUUUGAUGUAAUUCAUGUGACAAAAACUUAGGAAUCCACUAACUUACAAGUAUAAUGCGUUAAAAAUCUAAAACAAUCUUGAGUUGCAUUCGUAAAAGUAUAGCAUCCAGAUUAAGGAAUUUGAUAAUUCCACAAUUUUUUUUUCUUCAUCAGACCUCAUUUGGCAUAUUCUAUUCAGUUCUGGGUAUUAUAUUUUCAAAGGGACAUUUUGAAAUUAAAAUAAAUUAAAAUGUAUUACUUUUCUGUUGCUACCAUAACAAAUUAUCACAAACCUAGUUUCUUAAAACAACACAAUUUAUUAUCUUACAGCUCUGUAGGUCAAAAAUCCAACAUGGGUCUCACUAGACUAAAACAUAGGUGUCAUCAGGUCCACGUCCCUUUCUGGGGGCUCUAGAGGAGAAUGUGUCUCCUCACCUUUUCCAGCUUCUAGCAGCCCCCUUCCCCCAUCUUCAGAGCCAGCGAGAGCAAAUCAAGUCCUCACAUUGCCUCUCUCUGGCCACAGCUGGGAAAGGUUCACUGCUUUCAACGGAUUCAUGUGCUUAGAUUGGACACGUCUGAAUAAUCUCCUCAUCUCAAAGUCCUUCACUGUAAUCCAUCUACAAAGUCCCUUCUGCCAUGUAAGGUAACAUAUUCACAGAUUCUGGUGAUUAGGCUCUGGACAUCUUUGGGGGGGUGGAGGGCAUUAUCUGCCUGCCACAGUGCUUAUGGCAGAGGAUCACCAGGAUAGUGAAGGGGAUAAUUAGGUACAGAGAAUCAGACUAAGAAGAAUUGAAGAUGAUCCCCAAGUUUAUUGCCUAGGAGAGAAUGAGAUCAUGUUUAUAAAGUGAUUAGUGCAGUAAGUACGUAAUAAGUGGUUUUUGCUUCAAAGGCUAAUGUCACAAAUUACAGAAGUAUAGUAGUUCAGAGGAAAGAAGCUUAGGGAUGUGGAAGGGGAUGAAGCAGCAUAAUAUUUUAUCUUGCAAAGAAUAGAAUUUGUGAUCCAAGUUCUUAUUUUACCUUAGAUCAGCAGGUGGUUUCAAUGCCAGAAAGUACUAAGUUUAACAAGAACUCUGCAUUAUUUCCCUAACUAGUGAAAGAGUCGGGAAAAAUGGAGGUGAUGGAGGAAGAGAAGCAACUUUCUGGCCUCUUUUUGCCAUGAUUGCACAAAAUAUAGAUUCUGAGCAGGUGGGAAAACUUUUAUGAAAGGAAGAAAGCAAGAUUUUUGAAGCUCAGAAGGCUAUCAUUUUUUGUUUUUUGUUUUUUUUUCUGGGAACAUAUGGGAAAGAAAUCCCUCUGAAACCAAAGCCCGGCCAUCAGAGAUUAUGAGAUUUUUCAGUCUUUCCCUAUAAUCUUCGUUACAUUUGUCUCUUUAACCACGUUGAACUCUGCCUUUGAGGAGUUGCUGAUAAGCGGUUAUCAAGCAAGAGUUAGAUUAACAAACCCUCCCACCUCGCUCGGUUGAGUGGUAGCUUCCAAGGCCACAGUAAAUGUGUAUCAGUGUGAACCUAAGCAGGAACAGCCAGGAAGGGAACAAAGUUUAGUCUGUGAGGAAACAGGCGGCUGCUGAUCGUUUCAUGCUGGCUGUCUAGACUUCAGCUUGCUGUGGUCUUCCUCAUCUGGAACAUAAGAUAAUAAUAUCCACUCUGGCCUUCUUCACAGGACAACAAACGUAAUGAUAACCAGGUUUUGGAGCCCUCUCUUACAUCAGAACUCUGUUCUAAUAAUCCUCUGAGUGUCAUCUCAGGAUCUUGGGCAUACCCAUGGCACGAUGGCUGACCCUCAGGAGCACCUGAGCUGCUCCUCCUCCCCACACUUACCCUUGAGUGAAAACAAAACCUUCAAUGGACUACAAGAUGAACUCGCACCAAUGGGGAGCCACCCUUCACCCAAGCUCCUUAAGGACCAACAGGAAAAGGGAGUGGUGCAAACAGAGCUAACUGAGGGCAUGAACAGCCCCAUCACCACGACAGUGUUGACAAGUGUAAGCGAGGAUUCCAGGGACCAGUUUGAGAACAGUGUCCUUCAGCUAAGGGAACAAGAUGAAUCAGAGAUGGCCAUGUCUCAGGGGAACAGCAACACUGUGGAUGGAGAGAGCACGAGUGGAACUGAAGACAUCAAGAUUCAGUUCAGCAGGUCGGGCAGCAGCAGUGGUGGGUUUCUUGAAGGACUAUUUGGAUGCUUAAGGCCUGUCUGGAAUAUCAUUGGGAAGGCAUAUUCCACUGAUUACAAAUUACAGCAACAAGAUACUUGGGAAGUGCCAUUUGAGGAGAUCUCAGAGCUGCAGUGGCUGGGUAGUGGAGCCCAAGGAGCUGUCUUCUUGGGCAAGUUCCGAGCGGAGGAGGUGGCCAUCAAGAAAGUGAGAGAGCAGAAUGAGACGGAUAUCAAGCAUUUGAGGAAGUUGAAGCACCCUAACAUCAUCGCUUUCAAGGGUGUUUGUACUCAGGCCCCAUGUUAUUGUAUCAUCAUGGAAUACUGUGCCCAUGGACAGCUCUACGAGGUUUUGCGAGCUGGCAGGAAGAUCACGCCUCGAUUGCUAGUAGACUGGUCCACGGGAAUUGCAAGCGGAAUGAAUUAUUUGCACCUCCAUAAAAUUAUUCAUCGUGAUCUCAAAUCACCUAAUGUUUUAGUGACUCACACAGAUGCAGUAAAAAUUUCAGAUUUUGGUACGUCUAAAGAACUCAGCGAUAAAAGCACCAAGAUGUCCUUCGCCGGCACAGUUGCAUGGAUGGCACCAGAGGUGAUACGUAAUGAACCUGUCUCUGAAAAAGUCGAUAUAUGGUCUUUUGGAGUGGUGCUUUGGGAGCUGCUGACAGGAGAGAUCCCUUACAAAGAUGUAGACUCUUCAGCCAUUAUUUGGGGUGUUGGAAGCAACAGCCUACACCUUCCAGUUCCUUCCACUUGCCCUGAUGGAUUCAAAAUCCUUAUGAAACAGACAUGGCAGAGUAAACCUCGCAACCGACCUUCUUUUCGGCAGACGCUCAUGCAUUUAGACAUCGCAUCCGCAGACGUACUUGCCACCCCACAAGAAACUUACUUCAAGUCUCAGGCUGAAUGGAGAGAAGAAGUGAAGAAACACUUCGAGAAGAUCAAAAGUGAAGGAACUUGUAUACACCGAUUAGAUGAAGAACUGAUUCGAAGGCGCAGAGAAGAGCUCAGGCAUGCUUUGGAUAUUCGUGAACACUAUGAGAGAAAACUUGAGCGGGCUAAUAAUUUGUACAUGGAACUGAGUGCCAUCAUGCUGCAGCUAGAAAUGCGGGAGAAGGAGCUCAUUAAGCGAGAGCAAGCAGUGGAAAAGAAGUAUCCUGGGACCUACAAACGACACCCUGUCCGUCCAAUAAUCCACCCUAACGCCAUGGAGAAACUCAUGAAGAGGAAAGGCGUGCCUCACAAACCGGGGAUGCCGACCAAACGGCCAGAUCUGUUACGAUCUGAAGGUAUCCCCAGUAUGGAGGUGGCUCCCACUGCAUCCCCUUUGUCCGGAAGUCCCAAAAUGUCCACCUCAAGCAACAAGAGCCGGUAUCGCAGCAAACCACGCCACCGCAGAGGGAACAGCAGAGGCAGCCAUAGUGACUUUGCAGCAAUCUUGAAAAGCCAGCCAGCCCAGGAAAAUUCAGCCCAUCCCACUUAUCUAGACCAGGCUCAAUCCCAAUACCCUUCUCCCCAUCACCAUAAUCCUCUGCAGCAGCAAUACCAGCAACCCCCUCCUGCCACGUCUCAGAGUCACCAUCCCAGACUCAAUAUGCACGGACAGGACAUUGCAACCUGCGCCAACAACCUGAGGUAUUUUGGCCCAGCAGCAGCCCUGCGGAGCCCACUCAGCAACCAUGCUCAAAGACAGUUGCCUGGCUCUAGCCCUGACCUCAUCUCCACAGCCAUGGCAGCAGAUUGUUGGAGAAGUUCUGAGCCUGACGACGGCCAGGCUGGCCCCUGGGACUGUUGUCAGGCUGACCCUUAUGACCCCUGCCUCCAGUGCAGGCCAGAACAGUGUGGGUCCUUAGACCUACCCUCUGCUGAGCCAGUGGGGAGGAGCCCCGACCUUUUCAAGUCACCAGCACACAAUACCCUCUCAGAAAAUGCCCAAGGUUCUGAGAAAAUGGAAGAAAACGAAUUCAACGGCUGUCGGUCUGCAUCCUCCCUUGGCAUCCCUCAUCACAUCACCCCCCCAAUGCUACCUCGAAAAACAAGGCCCCUUCAAAAGAGUGGAGAUGACUCCUCAGAAGAGGAAGAAGGAGAAGUGGACAGCGAAGUUGAAUUUCCACGGAGACAGAGGCCCCAUCGCUGUAUCAGCAGCUGCCAGUCAUAUUCAACCUUUAGCUCUGAGAAUUUCUCUGUGUCUGAUGGAGAGGAGGGAAAUACCAGUGACCACUCAAACAGUCCUGAUGAGUUAGCAGAUAAACUUGAAGACCACCUGGCGGAGAAACUAGACGAGCUGCUGUCCCAGACGCCGGAGAUCCCCAUUGAGAUAUCCUCACAUUCGGAUGGGCUCUCUGACAAGGAGUGUGCUGUGCGCCGCGUGAAGACACAGAUGUCUCUAGGCAAGCUGUGUGCGGAGGAACGUGGCUAUGAGAAUCCUAUGCAGUUUGAAGAAUCGGACUGUGACUCUUCAGAUGGAGAGUGUUCUGAUGCCACAGUUAGGACCAAUAAACACUACAGCUCUGCUACUUGGUAAUGAAAGAAUGCCCAUCCUGAAGAUCUCCUCACUUCCCUGGCAUUUCAAAUCCACCCCAACCCAGACUCUUCCCACUCUCUCCCUGCUUUUUUGGCUAGGAAGAGAGCUGCCCUAUCUUUCUUCCCCCUAGAAAUGAGCUGCAAUAACAGGAACAUGAGACUUCGCAAAUCUCUGGAAAAAAAUAUCCAAAUGAAAUUAAGUCUCACGAACAUUUCAAUCAAGAAUGGCAGGGAUCUAUUUUAUUGAAUAUUCUAGCUACUGUAACAUUGAUAUUUAUUUUUGUUUGACAUUUUAACACUUUGUACUGUAAAGAGUGAACUAUAUAUGAUAUAUAGAGAGAAACAAUAAUUUCUUGCAAAAAAAAAAAGACAGAGAGAGAGAGAAAGAAAGGAAGAAUGAAACGAAAGAAGUGGAAGUUAGGAGCAACAUCCUUGGGAACUGGUGGGGCCAGGAGGUAUUAUUGCUACUUGAACAGGGGACCAGUCCUUUUGGCCGUAAGUGACUGAAGAAGAGCCAGAGCAAGACAUAUUGAGCAUUUUAGAAAACAAAGAAGGGCAAAAGAAAAGCAAUUCUAGGUAAUUUGUGAACAGACCACAUUAAGUUCAACCAGCUUACCCAGAUGGGUGAUGAACAUGACCUAGAAAAGUUUGGUGACAAGAUAUUUGCACCCAAGGUCUUUGAGGGCAUAUACUUCCUCUAGGAGGAAAAAGAAAACUGUGUACGUGGAAGCUGAUUUCAUUUCUAAAAUUUUAAGCAGCAUUUGGUCAUAAGACUUAUACAGUUAAUGUCAAACCUUGUCCUUGACAAAUACUUCCCUUUCAAUGCUGUCAUUGUCAUUACCUUGACAAAUGUGUUACCUUGACCAAUAUGUUAAUUUUUCAGACUCAAGUGCCAUUUUCUUGUAGCCUAUUUCCUUUCCACCUGUUGCUACUUCAUUUAGGAAAAAAGGAGGAGGGGUGGGCCUGAGGAGAGAAGGAUAAGAGAGAAAGGAAAUUUACAACAGUGCUGGAAAAGCAAUUGUGUGAUUUGAGGAAAUACCUUCUCAGAAUGUCUCAGUUCGGCUACAUGGAGAAGAUGGGGUCAACCCUCCCUGGAACCAAGCUGCUUGUCUACCAGAGUCAUAUUGAUUUAAACCGGACAACAGACUUUGAAGGCAGCUAGGCUGUGUGUGAGUCUGUCCAGUGUCCAAUCCCAAGCCAUUCCCCUUGUUUUUACUCAUUAAUACAUUCUAUCCUGGAAGCUUUAGUGACUGGCUACCACUAUCAGAAUAAAGGCAAAAGAAGCAACUUGCAAAACGCAACCUCUCUCCCGCCACAAUAGCAUUUUUGUUAAUUGCUACUUGUAAAAUGUAUUUUAGUUCACUUUGCUUCGAUGCAGUUUUGAAUAAUUGGAUUUGAAAAUUUAUGGAAAGAACAAGUGAUGCUGAGCAGCGAUUGGAAAGAGUUUACAUUGUCCAAGGCAUGAGGUCCUUCCUGUCUCCACGGUCAUGGGCUCUGAAAAGCAUCCCAAGGUACUUCAUGGUGCCUCGGCUUUAAGGACAUUUUUAUCUAAUAUUUUAUAUAAAAACAGAUGUUGGCCUAGUUCCUGUCUCUGUCUCCAAGAUGGGUUACUGUCAAACAACCUACCUAGGCUCAAGACCUGAAGAAGAUGGCUAGACUCUCUGACGCCACAUCAUACUGGACAUUUGGAAAGACUGACAUACAGGUAUUAAACCAUUUCCAACGCAGAUGAAAACGUUGCCCUCCUCUGGGUUUCACUGAUUGCAUCAGCCAAAAAGGAAAGCAGGAGGGAAGAUAGAGCAGCUCCUUUUGCUUGUUUGAUCCCCUCCAUUUGUUUACACUUUAUGUUGAAAAUUGAUUUAAAAUUUAGUGUCUAUAAUUUAUAGCUCUUAGGUAGGAUGAAGGAAAAUGUUUAACUUAUACAGAGAGCAGUAUUGUUUGCAUUAAAUUAUUCCAUUUUGUAUAAAUUCUGUAGCUGGACUACAUGAAAGAUCUUAAGUUAUGGCAUUAUUAUCAUUGUUAUUUUAUUUUAUAAUUAUUAUUCUCAUGUUCUGUCGAUCAGAAGGUAUGGUUUACGGUAUAGUACAAUGAUUGUGUUUAUUGCUAACCAUGAAUUAUUAUGGAUUUUUAUGAUUUUUAUGAUGGAAUGAAAAUAGAACUGCCAUUUGGAAGCUCCCUGGUAUUCAUCCUAGUUGUGUCCUCUCGUUGUCUGUGUACAACUACAAUCAUCUGAGGAUGAGCGUUCUGCCCUGGCGCCCAGUGGAUACAUUGUGAUUCUGACUUGAUCAGGAAAGCUCCUGGCUGGGCAGAUGACUGAGUGGAUGGACAAAGACUUCAAAAGCUGUAAACUUUCUCAAGUUUCUUAAGAAAUAAAAUCAUGGGACUAUAUUAGAAGCAAAAAGAGAAUUAUUUAAUGCCCUGAGAGGAACAGACCUAGACAGUUUCUGCAGGGGGCCCAUGGGUCAGAUCGUUUCAAGAACUCGCAGCAUAGUUUGUAAUCUCCAUCCUGCCAGAUGGAUCCCACAAAACCAACCUUUUUUCUCCUAGUUGGGAGUAGCAAAGAAACUAAAAAAAAAAAAAGGCAUGACAUAAAAUGCCUAGCUGUGAUGUGAUCCCAUGACAAGACUAGAGAAAUUCUAGAAUGAGGCCUAGUCAACUUAGAGGAUCAUAGGGCUGGAGAAGUACCUUGAAAGUCCAUAUUUUCCAUCCUUGGACUUUGGACCACACUGUACUGUGAAUCUCUCUGGUUUGUUACAGAGAGCCGACAACUGUGUCCUCUUUCUGUCCAACAUAAAACACUGACACUUCAGUUUGUCCAGUUCUUGCCCACCUAGUGGCAAAAGAGAAACACGAGGGUCAACAUCUGUCUUACACCUUUCAGUGAUGGUCUUCCUAGAAAACCCACACCUGAUACCUCAUUAUUUUGGUAGGUUCUUUAAAUUUCCAUCUUGACUAUCUGUCAUGAUAAUGCCAUAUACCUAUCUGGAUUCACUUUUAUGAACAUGUUCGAGUAAUAGACAGUGUUGAAUCAUCAGUCACUGUAUUGUCAAGAGUUGAAUAAAGUUCCACAGUGAACAUUUUAUUUUUUAGUAGAAGUGACUAGAGGCUUCAGAGAAGAACAGUGUCUUUAGGUUAAAAAGAGAAAUGCCUUUGUAUCCGGGCCUUGCCCUUCGCUGCCUGCCUUGAGCUAACCAGGACAAUUUUGAAUUGGUGUGUGUUCUUUGAGAACAACUCUACGGUCAGCUGAAGAGUGGUGAAUUAAGAGCUCAGGGAAUUUAAGAGCUAAUUCUUCAGUCCUGAUAACUGUGUAACAGUGCUUUAAGGAACCUCACAGGACUGAUUUCAAGCUUCAUUGUUGAUUGAAGGUUUAACCCCCUUGGGAUGAAUGCCCACAUUCAUUUAGCAUCUGUUUUUGACUGACUGAAAGAUAAUGAGUUUUAAUUUGUGUUGCAGAUGAACAUUGGUUCUGAUUUUCAUCUCAUUCUAGAUCAUGUCCUCUGAAUAACAAUUCCUCUUAACAUUGCUUAGCAGAGGGCCUGAAAAGCCUACAUCCACUUUGAAAUUAUAAUAGACCUUCCCACCGCUAAAGUUUAGACUUGUUUGCAAGAUUGUGGAACUCCUACUCAGAAAGGCGAAGAAACUAGCUCUGUUGUGAGAUAAUUUGGUUAAGACCUACUUGAAGUUUGGAUGUUUAAAAACUUUAGUAUCAACAAAUUCAUCCUUCUAGAAUGAAGGAUAUUUUUACUAGGAUUUAAAAAGUAUUGGACAUCUAUUUCAGGACCUCAUUGUGCUAAAUUUUCCUCUUACUCUAAAUAAUGGAUUUGAUGGUUUGGGGUUUUCUUGAUGCCAACCCAAUUUUAAAUGCCCUCCCCCACUGGGGAGCAUUGACUUCCUUUCAGUAUGAAUGCAUCCUUAUUGAUCAAAUGAUUUACUCUCUCUUUCCAUGCCUUUAUGUCUCAAUUUUUCCCCCUUAAAUGUUCCUACUUGAACUUCCUGGAACUGAAUUCUCCAAAAUAGAAUAUAAUUUUUGGAAUCCCAGGAAUUCCCGCCUUGCUCUGCAGUAUAGUAUACUAUGUUUUGUUUUGAUUUUCCACUAAGCCAGAAGCCAAAAUACCAUGACAUACCACCAUCUACCAUGUCCACUGUAAACACUCAAGACUGACCUUAUUUGUUGAUCAACAUAUUCUUUCCACUGAGCCCGGACACAGCCUCAGAAGCUCUCACAACACAGCACUUGGAGCAACAACUACCACUUGAUUGGAAUUGGCGUGCAAGGGGAGAUCUGUCUGCCAUCCCAGCUCUAAGCUUAUAAUUAAUUUCUUAAAGGUGGUGUGAGAUUUUGAGUGAGCCUUGACGGGAGAAUGACAGGAUCGCACCAAUGGAUCCCAACCUCUGGCUGUCAGGACAGCACCAUUGGCAGGAAAAAGGCCACUUGCCUCCACCCACCGCCCUUUUGGACUACAAUUCCAAUUGAAUAAUCUCCAAUCACUAAUGGAUUGAAUUUCAGACUGUCUCUUCCUUUACAUCAUUUCAUUGUGUUAAAUGAGCGUGUUCCUCCCUCACCGUCUAUAAACAAAAAGUUAAUGCUAAGUCCCAGUUACUUGCUUCUUCCUUAGACUCUGAGACUAAUGUACCAAAACAAUGUGACAUUCUUUUUAAGACUUGUACUGUCAGUAUGAAUUUAGUGCCUUUCCAGGCAGCAAGAUUUUUCUUCUUUGCUGAUUUCAUAGAAUAAAAUGUCCUAGUAUACUCACUCCACCAAUGUUACCAACCUCACAGACUAGCACGUAAGAAUCACAUUGGUCUGCUUGUUGCAUGUUACACCAAUACUGCAAGCGCCCAUUCAACUGGAGUGAAUUAGGCUGCCAAGUGGAGGACCCUUGUGGAACCUGAACACUUCUCAGGGACAGGUGGCAGAAGAGGGGAGCUCUGAAAUCACUGCUCUGAGCAGGGUGACUCCAAAGGGGUUGGGUUAAGGCUUUUGUUAAGUGUCACAUGACCAGAGCAUGAUGGCAGCAUUUCACAGAGGCCAGUCCCCAAGCAGAUGGCAAGGCCACUGUAAGGAAACUUCUGGCAGAAUCCCAGGCCUCUCUCGAGCCACUUCACAGCACUCAGGGGAACGCUGGCCCCAGGCCCCAGGCUGCUGCCCAGUGACCAGGCAGACAGGGUCCUCCAAUGGUUGCAGGCCAGAGGGAAGCCCAGCCAGAACGUGCAAGCUGUUAGGAAGCCAUCCCGUACUGACCACAUCACCCAGUCACUCUCCACCUCCACAGUGACCACUUCUCAGACUCUGGAAGUGAGAAGACCCACUUUUGAUUCUUUAUUGCAGUAAUUUGAGUUCCUUUCAACUUGGAGCAAAUUAAGUUCUUUUUUGUGGUUAAGUCUCAAAAUGAACUCCCUCACCUGUCUCCCCUGUGGUCUCCGGUCCUGUUAGUUCCCCGCUCCAUGUGUUGGUUUCUGAUGCUGGCUCCCUCUUUGUACUGAACAAUUUGUACAGCCACAGAACAAGAGUGACUAUCAAGGCAAACAAAUGCAUGGAAUUAAACAAAGUGUACUUCA